AAUUGCAAAUAAACGUUACACACACGCACACAUGCAUGCACGUGUAUAUUCGUAACUUUGCACAUGUAUUCGCAUAGAAACACGUUUACAUGCAAAUGCAGUUAUUUGUGGUUAAUGUGCGUGUUUUUAAUUUGUUUAUUUGUGAUUUGUGAUGUGUGUGGAAUGAGAAUGGCAAUGACAACGAUGCAUCUUGAACUUGAGCCACGCCCGCAUUUGUGGCGUCAGCGCAAUUUGGGCAUAAACGUGCUGAAGGUUAUUCGUCUAAAAGAGCUCCAUAUAAAAGCCCGUGCAGACAUAUUGGCAGCCACAGAUGAGCCCCAAGAUGAUGUUGUACAAUACGCUGCUCUUGUUAUUUGCAUUGAUCGGCUGCAGCUGGCAGCAGUGCGUCCAAGCGCAGGCGCAAACGCCGGGCUUCGAUCUGAGUCGUUUGUUUGGUGCGCGCAGCAAUGAGCCCCUCUCCAAGCUGCUCGAUCGCAAUUUGCCGGAGGUGCAGCAGAUGAUUGAUCACACCAAAAAGAGCUGCCUGAAGCAGCUGCAGAUGUCGUCGCCGCAGCGCUCGUUAAUCCGUGAGCCGCGCCCCACCGAGCAGGAGAAGUGCCUGGUCGAGUGCGUUCUCAAGGGCAUUCAAAUUAUGGACAGCAGCAGCAACAAGCUAAACUUGCGCCGCGUCCAGGAGCUGACCAGCCAGGUCACCGAUGACAACAAGCUGGCCGUCACGCUGAGCUGCAGCCUGGCACAGAGCUGUAAUCGGGCCGUCAGCGCCCAGGAUCCCUGCGAGGCGGCACAUCAGCUGAACCAGUGCAUCGGCCGGCAAAUGCUGCGCAACGGCGUCAAGCUGAGCUGGUGACCAGUGUUGCCAAAUGACGCGACAAAAAAAAAAAAAAAAAAACUAGCCAAAAAUAGCUAAAAACAAUAGCUGAAUCAGCUUUCUGGGCACACAGACGUAUGUACAUCCCAUGUUUACUAUAAAUGGGAUAUGCGAAAAAGAAUAUAAUAUAUAUAUACGUAUAUAUAUAAUGUAUAUUUACUAAUUCGCAUAUUCCACUUCAUCUAAGAUAUAUACAUGUUUAUAUAUCCUAAUCAAAUAAUUAAAAAAUUUCAACUCGAAAUUAUAUAUACAUACCAUAUUAACUAGAAAUCGGAUAUACGAAAAAGAAUAUAUUAUAAAUA